AUGACCUCUAAAGAAGACGCAAAAGGCGCCUCGGCAGAGGACCGGAGACGCAGCCCUUUGGACCAUCUUCCCCCGCCUGCUAACUCUAACAAGCCCCUUACGCCGUUUAGCAUAGAAGACAUUCUAAACAAACCCUCGGUAAAACGAAGUUACGCGUUGUGCGGCACCGCGCACCUGCUGUCUGCCGGUGAGAAGCAUCCUUCCUCGGGUCACCCACUGUCUAGCCGUGCGCUCCUCACACAAACCUCUCCACUGUGCGCCCUGGAGGAACUUGCAAGUAAAACCUUUAAAGGGCUAGAGGUCAGCGUUCUACAGGCAGCCGAAGGAAGGGACGGCAUGACACUUUUUGGACAGAGGCAUACACCUAAGAAACGGCGAAAAUCCAGAACGGCCUUCACUAAUCAUCAGAUAUACGAAUUAGAGAAAAGGUUUCUCUACCAGAAGUACUUAUCUCCUGCUGACCGGGAUCAAAUCGCGCAGCAGCUGGGGCUAACCAAUGCUCAAGUCAUCACCUGGUUCCAGAACCGGCGAGCCAAACUCAAACGUGACUUGGAGGAGAUGAAAGCGGAUGUAGAGUCGGCCAAAGCGAUCGGCACGGUAUCUUUUGAAAAAAUGGCCAAACUAGCAGACCUCGAAAAAUGCGCCAAUGGUACUCUUGGAGGCUCGGUGUCUGAGUCCCCAACGCAAUCUGGCCACGAGCGCGAGGUAUCAAACAAACUGCAAAUGUCACCGUCGUCUCCUUUUACAGAUCAUACAACGAGUAAAGAGUGCUCGGAGGACGAAGACGAGGAAAUUGAUGUCGAUGACUGA